GCGCCGAGCCCUCGCACGACGGCCGCGAGCUCGCCGCUAUGUCCGGUGACUCCCCGUCCUUCAGCAAGCCCUCGGACGCCGCGGGGCCGGGGGACAAGGCGGGCGGCUUCGGGAAGGCGGCGGCCCUCAUGGCGGCCGCCCCAGCGGAUAGGGUCGCUGCCGCGGCGGGGAAGAAGCCGCCGCGUCUGCCCAAGUGUGCCCGCUGCCGCAACCACGGCUACUCCUCGCCGCUGAAGGGGCACAAGCGGUUCUGCAUGUGGCGGGACUGCCAGUGCAAGAAGUGCAGCCUGAUCGCCGAGCGGCAGCGGGUGAUGGCAGCGCAGGUUGCGCUGAGAAGGCAGCAAGCUCAGGAAGAGGAACUGGGCAUCAGCCACCCAGUGCCCCUGCCCAGUGCUCCCGAGACAUUCAUGAAGAAGAAUAGUGGUGGCAGCUCUUGUCUCUUGCUGGAAAGCAGCAACCCUGCGCACUCCACAAGUACGUCCAUGACGGCAGCUAGCUCACCAUCAGAGGGGCGGAUGCUCAUUCAGGACAUCCCUUCCAUCCCCAGCAGAGGGCACUUGGAGAGCACGUCUGAUUUGGUUGUGGACUCCACCUACUACAGCAGUUUUUACCAGCCGUCCCUGUAUCCUUACUAUAACAACCUGUACAACUACUCCCAGUACCAAAUGGCUGUGGCCAGUGAGCCUUCCUCAAGUGAGAAUGGGGGUACAAUUGUAGGGUCGGCCAUGAAAAACAGCCUUCGAAGCCUCCCAGCAACUUACAUGCCAAGCCAGUCAGGAAAACAGUGGCAGGUGAAGGGUAUGGAGAGCCGCCAUGCCGUCAGCUCCCAGUACCGCAUGUGCUCCUACUACCCACCCGCCUCCUACCUGGGGCAGGGUGUUGGUGCUCCCACAUGCCUCCCCCAGAUCCUGACCUCUGAGGACAUACCCUCCUACUCGGAGUCAAAAGUGAGAGUGUUUUCGCCUCCCAGCAGCCAGGACUCCGGCUUGGGGUGCCUGUCCAGCAGCGAGAGUACCAAGGGGGACCUGGAGUGCGAGGCCCCCCCGGAGCCCGGCGCCUUCGCGUUGAGUGCCUUGCCUUAGAUUGCAAUCUAAACUGCGAGUAAAUAAGUCUCCAAAAA